AUGGGUUGCGUAAGUUCUAAACAAAGGCCUUUUCGUAGAAAGUCCACACUAGCAUCGGAGAAACGUUCCUCGCGUUUUGAUUCGUCGAGGAGGGUAGAUGAGUGGAUCCAACCUCAAGUUGUGUUUGAUAGAUCGAGUAGCAAGAGAGACGCCAAAGAUUAUAAGUUGAUCGAAUCCGAAAUGUUGAGCUCCAAUAGGUUUUGCGAUCAUCAGGUUGAGAAGAUACUGGAGAAUCCUCAGUUAGCUGUUCAUGACCAAGAACUGAGAAAGGCCCCGAGUCCUGCUGUGAAACCAGGCAUAGAGCCGAAGCUAGAUAGAUGGAAUAGCACUGACUCCAAAGUUCGAUUGAUUGAAUUUGAAAAGUUGAGUUCCAAAAGGUUGUCUGAUCAUCAUCAGAUUGACAAGGAACCAGAAGUUCAAGCUGUUGUUCCUCGGGAGUUAAGUAAGAACCUGAGUGUCGCUGCUGCUCCAGAGGACACAGAGCUGAAGCAAGUAGUGUCAGCAGGAUGGCCUACGUGGCUAGUCUCAGUUGCUGGUGAGGCGUUAGUUGAUUGGGCUCCACGUCGAGCAAGUACCUUUGAGAAACUUGAGAAAAUUGGUCAAGGAACGUAUAGCAGCGUCUACAGAGCACGUGACCUCACUCACGACAAGAUCGUCGCGCUAAAAAAAGUCCGGUUCGAUCUCAACGACAUAGAAAGCGUCAAGUUCAUGGCCAGAGAGAUCAUAGUAAUGCGGCGUCUAGACCAUCCCAACGUCCUCAAACUAGAAGGACUCAUCACCGCCCCCGUCUCAUCGUCCCUCUACUUAGUCUUUGACUACAUGGACCACGAUCUCGUGGGACUCUCCUCACUCCCCGGUGUCAAGUUCACAGAGCCUCAGGUUAAGUGUUACAUGCGACAGCUUCUAAGUGGGCUUGAACAUUGUCACAGCCGCGGCGUGCUUCAUCGAGAUAUAAAGGGUUCGAAUCUUCUGAUCGAUGGUAAUGGAGUUCUGAAGAUAGCUGAUUUUGGUUUAGCGACGUUCUUCGACCCCAAGGCGAGAACUGUUGCUUUGACUAGCCAUGUUGUCACUCUUUGGUACCGACCACCAGAGCUUUUGCUUGGAGCUUCUCAUUACGGUGUUGGGGUUGAUCUUUGGAGCACUGGUUGCAUCUUAGGUGAAUUGUACGCUGGUAAACCGAUCCUACCUGGAAAAACCGAGGUAGAACAGUUGCAUAAGAUCUUCAAGCUAUGUGGUUCACCAACAGAAAGUUACUGGAGGAAACAUAACUUACCGUCUUCAGCUGGAUUCAGAACUGCUAUUCCUUACAGAAGAAAGUUAUCAGAGAUGUACAAGGACUUUCCCGAGAGUGUUCUUUUGCUUUUAGAGACGUUACUCUCCAUAGAUCCUGAUCACCGGAGCUCUGCAAGUAGUGCCCUUCAGAGUGAGUACUUUAAAACCAAGCCGUUGGCUUGUGAUCCAUCUUGUCUACCAAAGUAUCCACCUAGUAAAGAGAUUGAUGCUAAAUUGCGUGAUGAAGAGAAAAGGCAACGACCUGAGAAACAAGAAAGGCAAGACUCUCAGGGGAGAAGAUCACACGAGAGAAAAGCUAUCCCACCGAUCAGAGCAAAUCACUCUCUAUCAAUGUCAAUGGAUAAACCAUAUCUAGAUUUGAAGAGCAGAAACGAGAGUUUCAAGUCGUUUAAGGAGGAGAGGACUUCUCAUGUCCCAGUUCCUGAAUAUCCAAAUAUGCAAACAAGAAACAAUCAAAGCGGUGAGAGAGUUUCAUACUCAGGUCCAUUGAUGAGCAACCGGAACGUGGCUAAGUCAACAAUGUAUGUGAAGGAGAAUGCACCUCCUCCUAGAUACCCUCCAUCUAGAGUAAACCCGAGGGUUUUGUCAGGUUCAGUCUCCUCCAAGGCGUUAUUAGAUCAGCCAGUAACGAAUCAAAGAAGAAGAGAUAGAAGAGCAUACACUAGAGCGGACACUAUGGAUAGUAGACAUAUGACAAUACCAAUCGACCCAUCUUGGUAUAAUCCAAGUGAUAGCAAGAUUUACACGUCCGGACCGUUGUUGGAACAGCCAAGCAGAGUGGAUCAGAUGCUUGAGGAACAUGACAGGCAGCUUCAGGAGUUUAGUAGACAAGAACAGAAGGCUCGGGAAGACAAAACUGAUAAGUGUGAACAAUCAUGAAGACUGGACUGUCUUUUAAGUUUCGAAACUAGAGUGAACGAGCUUGUUCAAACGGAGAAGCCAGCACCAGUUGAGUAAAAGAUCAGUCAUAGAUAUGUAUCUGGUGGUUCAUUUAUUUGGAUUAUUAUUCCAUCUGUCUACGAUGAUUACGGCUUAAAGCGGCUAUUGUUUAAUUAAAUUGUUGUAUUUACGAUGUGUCUUUAUAGAGCUUGAUUUGUGUAUAUAUGAUUAAAAGAUUAGACUAUGGUUAUUGUUGUAAUGGAUUGAAUCAUAAUCUCAUCGCCGGUAGAGAUAAUUUCAGAUUCUCUUAAUUCAAAUUCAAUUCUUCCCAUCUCAUCGCCACUGGAUUGUCUUAAAAUUCAGAUUUAAAUAUCUGACUGAAUCCUCCUGGGCAAUUAAGGCUAAUCAUGUCAAGAACUCAAGUCAUUUGACACCAAUAAGUCUAACAAAAACAAUUCAAGGGAUUGACAGAGAUGAAAACAAAU